GCCAUUUUUAUUCCACGUACCGUACUCGUUAUAUAUUAUUACUAAACUGGUAGGUAAUAGCAACUGCCAAUGAAAAUCGAUCAGGAGCGGAGCACAGUGUCUUUUGUCGCUCACACCAGUGAGUCUGGCUGUGUCUCGAGGCGUAGACCUGAGUCAUAAUCAAAGACAGUCCUUCCUUCAUGACAUAGGAAAAAACCAACGAUGUAGCAAAAAUUCCAAAACCGAACUCCAAGCACGAUUUGUUUUGAUUUGAUAGUUUCUUCUUAUGGUCAAAGGGAAGAUGAAUGGUUCUAUCAAUUCAUUGCUGAAGAUGGAGCAGUCAUCUACAGAAGAACCAUCAGACCCAUGACAGCGGCGAGAAGACCGGCCACGGGCUGCAUCUUGGAAGCAGCGCCCGUGAGGCUCGAGGUCGAAGGCUCCGCUGGGGAGGCACCGGUGGGCUGCUCGGGGGUCGAGGCGCCAGCAGGAGCAACAGGGCUGGAACCCUCAGGAGCGGCAGGGCUAGCAGGGCUGGAGCCCUCAGGGGCAGCAGGGCUAGAAGAGCCAGCAGCGCCAGGAGCACCGGGGGUAGAGGAGCCAGCAGCGCCAGGAGCGCCGGGGGUAGAGGAGCCAGCAGCGCCAGGAGCGCCGGGGGUGGAGGAGCCAGCAGCGCCAGGAGCGCCGGGGGUGGAGGAGCCAGCAGCGCCAGGAGCGCCGGGGGUGGAGGAGCCAGCAGCGCCAGGAGCACCAGGGGUGGAGGAGCCAGCAGCGCCAGGAGCGCCGGGGGUAGAGGAGCCAGCAGCGCCAGGAGCACCAGGGGUGGAGGAGCCAGCAGCGCCAGGAGCACCAGGG